AUGUACGUUUGUCCAUACUGUGGUGAAUUCACAGGGCAAAAGUUUGAUAGAUACCUGCGUCACAUCAAAUUUGUUCACAGUAACGAACCCAACUUUAAAGUCUUGUGCACAUACUGUGGGCAAGGUUUCACUAGGCAUUCAUCCUUCAAGUCUCACUUGGACAGAAAACACAAGAAACAAUGCGCACAAGAUCACUUGUUUGAUGAAAGAAAUGACGAUCCUGACCAUUGCAUUAUUGAUGUCCCAAUUGACGAUGACGAUCAAGCUGAUGAAGAUGAUGACGAUAUUGGCCAAGAUACCAAUAUUGAGAAAAUUACGAAGUUAUUUGUUUUAAAAACGAAGGAGGUUAAAGUGGAAGUCAAGUCCGUUCUGCGCAUCGGUUCUGCUCAUAACAAUGUGAGGAUCUUCAGAUGUAAACAUUGCCUAAAUUUCGAAUGUUUGAAAUUUUCUGAACAUAAACUCUAUUUCAUAUUCAUUUAGAAGAAGCAUAGUGAACCAAAAUGGUGUUAGAUAUUCAGACAGUACAUCAUAUUUUAAAAAAUACAGCAGUUCAAAAUGUAAACAAACCGUUUGUUUACAUUACGGACUUGACUUCCACUUUAAUCUUGUCAGCCAACAAGCUAUUGACUCAAUGUUGGAUAAUACAAAAACCUGGUGGACCAUUGCCUUCAAAUGCUAGGCGGCGAAGUUAAGUUGUGCUGUUGAUGUCUAA